GUAGGUGGCGGCACCUCUUAAACACCACAGAAGAAGCCGAAAAGCAUCAACAGGAAGUUCUUUGUUACCAUCCUCUAUCUAGUUUUCAAACCAAAUACAAUUCUACAGGAUCUUUCUGAUGUAAGAUUAGUCUACAUGAGACGUUUGUUUGUCACAACUUAAAUCCAGUUUUGAUAUUUAAAAGGACGUUUGAUUGCGCUGGUCUAGCUUUUCUUUAUCUGAACACGGUGACAAAGUAACUACCGUACACAUUUAGUUUCAUGUGUUUUAUUUUAAGAAACGUUGAAGAAAUAAUCGCUUCCACGAUGGAUCGGAGAGGUGUUUAUCUCUGUCGGUGCGGCACAUGAAGAAGCCCGGUGGCUGAACCGACUCUGACAACAUAUCCCAAGAGAGCUAUGUUUCCUUGAAACAGAAUGUUACAAUCUCUGAUGUCUCUCUGGAAGGCAAUCCCUCUGGAAGGCAACUGGACAUUGGCGAGUAGUCUACUCGGAAACGGUGGGCAAAGUGCACGCCUACGGCGCCUGACCAGGAGGCUGCUCAGUCUGCCUGUUCUGCGGCAACAUUGUUUUGGUUCGGCUUCUGGGAUUAGAUCCACUGUCCUGGGUGGUGGUCCGAACUAAGGAUCCACUUCGGGAAAGUCGUAUUCCUGGUCGUAAUGUUGGACAGAGCUAGUCCGUCCCCCUCCACCCUGCCGGAGUCCCCUGGUCACAACUCUCCUGGUAGCUCCUUACUGCUGGGUCUGAAGAGGGUGUCUGUGCGGCUGGUCGACUGCAGGAAAACACCAGGGCAGAGUGGAGCUGUGAGAGAAGGACACGAGGAUGGAGAUUUGAUUUCAUCAAGGGACUCUCCUCCUCUCAGUGGGAGGGACUUAUCAUCUGGGGAGCUUCAACAACAACAUGUUGCUGACGAGGCAGAGAAGAGUGUCUCCCAAUCAGAAUACCUCAAACACCAGCACAGACGUACAGGGAAGAAAUCUCACCACAGCUGCUCUGACUGUGGGAAGAGUUUCACUACACGGAGGUCCUUCAUAAUUCACCUGCGUAUUCACACCGGAGAGAAGCCUUAUCACUGUGAUCAGUGUGGGAAGUUCUUUGCUCGAGCUUCCAACCUGACUACACACCAGCGAACACACACAGGAGAAAAGCCUUAUAGCUGUGAUCAGUGUGGGAAGAGUUUUGCUGCAUAUAACACCUUCAAAUAUCAUCUGAGAAUUUAUGAAGGGGAGAAGCCUUACCGCUGCCUUGAUUGUGGGAAAAACUUUGUUAAUGCAGGAGCCCUAAUUGUACACCAGCGUGUACACACAGGAGAGAAGCCUUAUAGCUGUGAUCAGUGUGGAAAGAGCUUUGCUGUAGCUUCCACCCUGAUUAGACACCAGCGCAUACACACUGGAGAGAAGCCUUAUAGCUGUAAUCUGUGUGGGAAGAGCUUUGCUGUAUCAGAUAAACUAACUAUACACCAGCGCAUACACACAGGAGAGAGGCCUUAUAGCUGUGAUCAGUGUGGAAAGUGCUUUGCUUUAGCUUCCACCCUGAAUAAACACCAGCGCAUACACACUGGAGAGAAGCCUUAUAGCUGUGAUCAGUGUGGAAAGAGCUUUGCUCGAGUUUCCACCCUGACUAUACACCAUCGAACACACACUGGAGAGAAGCCUUAUAGCUGUGAUCAGUGUGGAAAGAGCUUUGCUCUAGCUUCCACCCUGACUGCACACCAGCGAACACACACUGGAGAAAAGCCUUAUAGCUGUGAUCAUUGUGGAAAGAUCUUUGCUGAGUCAGGGACCCUGAAUACACACCAGCGAACACACACUGGAGAGAAGCCUUAUAGCUGUGAUCAGUGUGGAAAGAGCUUUGCUGAGUCAGGGACCCUGAUUUCACACCAGCGAACACACACUGGAGAGAAACCCUAUGUCUGUCUAUGUGGAGAGAGCUUUGCUCGUUUAGGGCAAAUUAAAAAACACCAGAAAGCUCAAAUUUGCCAUAUUUCAACUCCCUCCUAUUUGACACAAUUUUCAGAUCCCUAAAUAAAGGAUCAAUGGAAAACAUCUAGUGAACAGUCAUAUCCAUCUCCCAUUCUUAAACAGUUGCCUCAGUCUGAUCACCAUGGUAACCUCUGUGCAGCAUAAUAUGCAGCUCUGAUCUAGGAUCAGGUCUCCCCUGUGUCUAUGUAAUAUCACAUAUAGAUCUAAAUGGAUAAAUGUUAUCAUAGAUAAUGUCAUAGUGAACCUGUGUGUUGGGGGGGGGGUUGAUAAUUGUAUGUUCUUUCAUAUACUUAUGACACUAUUAUUAUUAAAAUGUCAUUAUGUA